AUGUCGGCAAUGACGACAACAACACAGCUUUCAUUGCCGAAUAGGGAAAAGGAAACCGAUCCUGCUUACGUCGACUGUUUCGGCGACCAAGCCCACACCACCGAGAGCAAGAGAUUUGGGAAAAUCAUUCUGUGGAGGAUAGUGGGCGAGCUCGCCUGUACGGCAAUCAAGAUUCAGGACACUCUCUCCAAGCUCAUCGCAGAGAACAGAGCAGUGUGGCAGAGUCGUCGGCCUAAUGAGGUGAGCCCUUUUGAAGAGCCUCCAUAUCUCAUCCGGUGCUUCCUCAUUGGCGCGUCGACAUCACACUCGGCCCCGUGUGUCACUAUCAUCAGCUCGGUUGAGUGGUUCAGCAACUGCUUGAAGGAUAUUAUCCUCAAGGGUAAGAUCCUCGCUGCAUAUCCAGGGUGGCGUUGCUUCAGGCUCCCUAUUGAUCCUCAGCUGACGGCUCCUGGUCGUCUUCAAAUGAGUCUCCCUACCAACGAUGAUCUGAGUGAAUACAGAGUCUUUAUUCCCGGCGGCGUACUUCCAGCCUACAUCAACGCAACGAGGAUCGAAAUAUGGAAGGGUCAAUCAUACGUCGGCAGCGCAACCGUCGGUGGGAUGGUCACCGUCGGAGAUGAGCAUCUCGCCUUGACUGUCGCCCAUGCAAUUUAUCCCCAACAGCCGCCGAUCCCAGAUGCUUUUGAAAUCGACGAUUCCGAGUUGGACUUUCUUGAAUAUUACGACGUUGAAGAAGAUACCUGCUCGGUGGAGGACCUGCUCGACGCCGACAUACCAUGGCCCACGGCCGCUGUCUCAUCCGACAUCACACCAUCCUCAACAAUAAGAGGCUCAAUUGAGUCCCCACCAACUUCUCCGGACCUUUCUAAGGACAAGAUUCUUAUCGGGCACCUAUUGUGUCUUUCUGAUAUUCAAAGGGGAGGGUUCAGCGAGCCAGGCGCCCUCGACUGGGCUCUGAUAAAGAUCACAAAUGCCGCAAUAUCGAACAAGAACCAACCCUCACCAAUUCUGUGCCACGGUGAGAUCGGCACUAACGACCCAGUGAAUGCCGUAAAGAUACUCACUUCCUCUGCCGCUCUCGAUGGGCUCCUCGUGUCGGAUGCAGUCUUUGGACUUCCAGGCUUCGGAAGUCCACAGCCUGUAAGGGUGGCCAACGUCGGGACUGUGCAGAAGGGCGACUCCGGAUCCUGGGUCAUACAGCGCAGUACGCAGAAGCCGGUGGGCAUGCUCAUUGGAUGCUGUCAGCCCUUGAAUGAGUCCUAUCUCCUCGUGUUAGAGGACAUUGUGCAGGACAUCGAGGCUCAGACAGGGCUUGCGGCCAAGGUUGCUCCCAGUGAUCCUCCAAGUCAUGCAGAGCAACUCGACUUCUUCCGGUUCGUUGAUGAUCACAAGCGCUCUGGCGUGAAUGGUCAAGGCGAAGAAGCAUGGUACAUCUCACAUGCCAAGCUCAAGACUUACUGGAAGGGGGUUCGACUUUUGGAGUGCUUGGGCCUUGACCCCAGAGACGAGAUCUCGGCGGCCGACGAGAUACUGGCUCGAUAUCUUCGUGUUUUUUCUUGCUUGGUGUACAUCGGUGAGCAUGACCUCUUGCAGUGGUUUGUGGACCGGAACUUCCAUGAUGAGUGCCUACCUGCUAUCGACCUUCCAUCGUGGUUUCCUGGAUCCCAGCAUGUAUGGGAAAUGUUCCGGGAGAACCAAUGGAUGUUCAUCCCUCUGCGUUUGAACUCGGACAAUACGUUCGAUACAAAAGUGCACCCAAACACCAUUCUCCCCAUUGUCAACCAGCAACCGCUCUCGAAGCCAAAUCAAGGAGAUUUCUCCUGCUCACACCUGACAAGAGUCCAGCUGGAUGAAGAUUGCCUCGAUGAAGGCUCAAACCGCACCGUGGUUUUCAAAACGUACGACAUCAACAAUUACCAAGACCUGCUACCUGACGGAAAUCAGACUUGCAAAACAUUUGAUCUUCAAAGAAGAGGCGCCACCAAGAUGACUGCCUGGUCUCGCCCGUGGCAGGCGGAAUCGGCACUAUUCAGGGCAUUAAACGAGCGUGGAGGCUCACGCCACAUUGUCAGCCCUGUGGCAUCCUUUCAACAAGGCGACAGGUUUUACACCAUCUUCGAAUGGCACAAUGGCGGAAAUCUGAGCGACUUCUGGAAGCAUUCGAAGCCACCAAAAGAACCUGUCCGUGUUCUUGAAUUGUGGGAAUCGCUUUUUGAUCUGCUGAAGGCUAUCGAGAGGCUACACUACUUGCUAUUUGGGUCGCUAAUGGAGCAGUCUACGAUCUGCCAUGGCGAUUUGAGGCCUGAGAAUAUACUUGUGUUCCCUCAGGACGCCGGUGGCGUAACGCUCAAGCUGGCGGAUUUCGGCCUGUCAAGGUUUCAUACAAUGCGGCGUGACCGGGCGGUCAAAACCGCCAUCUUGGACGUUGAAGUCGAUCGGCGUAAGGUGGAUAUAUGGGCUCUAGGUUAUGUGUUGACGGAGACUCUUCUCUGGCUUAACGGAGGAGACAAGCUUCGUCAAACACUUAACCGUCAAGCAGUCGUGCAGCAAACAUCAUUGAGGCACUGUCAAGAAACGUUGGGGAGGGUUGAAAACCUAGAUCGUGUUUCCUCGGUUGUUCGAACUUUCAUUCGGACCCAUAUGCUGGUCGACGAGCCCGGGAGUGCAAGGGAGAUCUUUCGACGUUUCCAUGAUGACGUCUUGCCGGUUGCUGACCUUAACGAGGAGGACGCUCUGGAAAGCCUGGAGCAGGUGGCUGACUUACCGGCGGAGCCCAUAAUGUGGGAAACUCGAUCGCAGCGAUUAUCUGUCGCAUCUUCGACGGCUACGACAGUCGAAUCGGAGGUGGAUUCGGGCUUCUUCAGUGCAACCGUAACCUCGAGUGUAACGAAGCCGACCAGCAGUCAUGCUAGCGGAAAACUUCCAGUCAGGCAGGAAAGUUUUGAUGACUCGGGUCAAUCGUUAACGACCGUCGAUGACAUCAACCAAUGGAUCCAUGGUGUUCCCAAAACCAUCACUUCAAGCAGUAUCCUAGGCGGAACCGAUAGGGAAACCGAGACAACAAGCCGAGGUGCUAGAGCAAAAGCCAAGAUGAAGAAUCCACAUUGGCGGCCUACGGCCAUCUCUCAACGGGUACAGGAGUUGGGAGGCCGUGACUGGAUGUUUCUGGUUGACGAUUCAGCAUCGAUGAGGCAGCACUGGGCCGACGUGUCCAAGACUGUCCGAGCCAUUGAAUGGCUGCUGAGCGACUGCCAAGAAAGCAGCAUGGACCUAUUUUUCACCUCCGAACCGCUGAUGGGAUACCAGAGGAAACAGGACGGAUUUUUCACCGACAUCGUCCGGAGCCAGCAACCCUGGGGCAUCUGCGCGAUGAAGGACAGCCUCGAGACGGUUUUUGACCGGGUCAUAACUGACAGAUUGCGUCCCGGAGUCCAGACACAUGCCUCGAAUCAGCGACCCAUGACCAUCUAUAUCCUGACAAACGGCGUUUGGGAGACAUCCGGAAAGAAGAAAGGAACGCCCUUGGCUGGGGUAACCAGUGCAAUCAAGAGGAUCGCCAACGAACUUGAAAAUCAGGGAAAGAACAGAAAGUCCCUGGCGAUUCAGUUCAUCCGGUUCGGCAAUGACGAGUCAGGAGGAGGGCGGCUCAAGGACUUGGACGAUUGGUGCCAUAACCGGCAGCCCCAUGAAGGAGGGGACAAGAACAUGUAA